AUCGCUUUUUGGCGGCAGCACUUUACUGUCCCUUAGAUUUGGUAAACAUUGGAAUUGGGAAUAUACCUUAAGGGAUCGUCACCUCAGUGAAGUUGUGCUUUGCUGUACUGAGGUUCAUAUUGGAUUAAUUGGCUCUCUCUCUCUCUCUUAUUCUUGAAACUUCCUAAUGGCAGAUUCCGACCGGGAAUACAGCUGAAAACGACAUAUCCACCUGAAGUUCGAGUUUUUUGAAGCCAGGUCUGUUCUUGUUCCUAAGCAUUGCUUUUGGGGCCUGAAUUUACAUUACCUAUUUGAUUAAGCGAAGAGGAGGAGGAAGAAGAAGAAGUAGAAAAGAAGAAGGCAUCCAGUGGACAAAAAGCAACUCGCGAAGAAUCUCAAUCGAAAAUGACUGAAGCCGAAAUUGCAAUGGAAGAGAAGUUGAGGAAGAAGAAGGAAGAAGAUGAAGCCAUGUGGGCUGAAUACAUUGAGCAAUGGAGGAAACAAAGAUCAAAGGAAGAAGAGGAACUCAAGAAACUUAAAGAACGACAAGCGAGACGUAAGGUAACGAGAGCCGAGCAAGAGAAACGAAUGAUGCAACUGAAAAAGAAGCAGGAAGAACAAAGGCAAAGAGAAAUUGACGAGAAAAAACAAAAGGAUGCUGAGGCUAAGCGUAAGCGUUUAGAAGACGCUGAGAAGAAAAGGCAAGCCAUGCUCGAAGAACAGAAGAAGCAAAAGGAAGGUGUCAAGCCAAACUUCGUCAUUCAAAAGAAAGACGGAGGAGUUGUGACCCCUGCAGCCGGACACCCUGCUGGUUUCGACAAAAUGAGCAACGUUGAACAAGCUCGCAGCGAGUUGGGCAAGUCCAAAGAACAGCUGGCCGAGGAUAAGGAAAUUGCUUUGACAUAUCGUGUUAAACCUUUGAACAUUGAAGGGCUUGGAUCUGAAAAAUUACGUGGUACAGCCGAAGAACUCUGGGCUAAAAUAGUGCAGCUAGAAAGUGAUAAAUAUGAUUUAGAAGAAAAAAUGAAGAGACAAGAUUACGAUUUGAGAGAACUUACUGAAAGGCAAAAACAAAUUAACAGACAAAAGGCUCUUAAAAAAGGAAUUGAUCCUGCAGAAGCAGAAGGAAAAUAUCCACCAAAAAUUCAUGUUGCAAGCAAAUUUGAGAGGCGAGUGGACAGGAGGACGUAUGUUGACAAGAAACAAUUAUUUGACGGUGGCCUAGAGACAACAUUAAAGGAUAUACAUGAAAAAACUUGGGCCGAGCGAAUGAACCAAUUUAAAGAACGUGGUCCAAAAGCUCUUCCCAAAUGGGAUCCAACUGCUCCCAAAGUCAAGGAAGUGAUUGAGCACAGAACAUACGAAGACGACGAUCUUUUGGAUCUAGAGCCACCUGGCUUUGGUUUGGACCCAGAACCCUCUCCUCCUAGAGAAGCCACUCCACCUCCUGCCCAAGAAGAGGAAGAAGAGGAGGAGGAAGAAGAAGAGGAAGAAGACGAAGAGGAAGAGGAAGAAGAGGAAGAAGAAGAAUAAAUUGCUUGAUUUCAUACUGAAUAAGAAAAACUUUCCUAAGAUUCCCUGGCAACUAGGUGUGGAUAGCUGUCUUUUCCUGAAUUUGUGCCUACAAGUUAAAAUUAUUUUAAAUUUGUCUCACGAACUUAAAGUCAUGUUUAAUAUUAAUAAGGGCAUUUUUUAUAAUUUAAAGCAUUUUUAGAUAUAUAAAACAAAACAAAAAUAUAAAUAAAAAAUUCUGUGGACAGUGUAAUAAUACCCUAAAUGCCCUGUCAUUCCUAAUUUCUUUCAUGUUCGUUUAUAUUUGCUUAUUUUAUUUUGCUGUAAAAUAAUGUCAACUAAAGGAACGCGUAAUGCUUUGUUCAUUUACUUUGAACAAAGCAUUGUAUAAUACAUCGGCCAUGCUGUUUUGAAACUAAUUGUAUCUGGCUACAUGUUUAUAAUACAAUGAUAUGUAUCCACAUAUUUAUUAAAGAUAAAUUUUAUUGUGA